AUGAAUCCCAAACUGCACGAAACAGUUGACGUCGUGUCCCUUGAGCAGCGCGUCACCGACGACAAAGAACCCGUUCCCGGCGAUCCAGUGCGCGUGCUAGACCACAAGCUGGAGCGUCGUAUCUGCUGGAAGUUUGACAUCAGGAUCCUGCCGCUCAUCACGGUAAUGUAUCUGUUCAAUGCUCUAGACAAGGGCAAUAUUUCCAACGCGAAAACAGACAAGCUGGACGUGGAUUUGGGCAUCAAGGGCCAGCAGUGGAACAACAUGCUCUCCAUCUUCUAUAUCCCGUUUGUGCUGUGCGCCUUUCCGCUCUCGCUGCUGAUCAAACGCUACAACGCUGCCAACGUGAUUCCAUGCUUGAUGUUCACCUUUGGCAGCAUCACGCUGCUUGCUGUGUCGGUGUUCAACUACGGCUCGCUCAUGGCGGCGAGGUGGUUUCUCGGGAUGUGCGAGUCGGCUUUUUUCCCCGGCAUCAUCUACUACCUGAGUACGUUCUACCGCCGUGGCGAGCUGGCCAGACGGCUGUCGAUCUUUUACGCCGCCGCCAACAUCGCCAACGCGUUCUCGGGGCUGCUGGCGUUCGGCGUGUUCCAGAUUAAAACGGACAGACUCCACGGGUGGCAGAUUCUGUUCUUGAUCGAGGGUGGAGCUACCGUGAUUGUUGCGGUGUUUGCGUUCUUCUACCUGCCGCGGACGGUCGAAAAAGCGGCGUUUCUUACCGAGGAAGAGCGCGAGUGCGCCGUCUGGCGCAUCCGCACAGACUCGUCCUCGCUGUCCACCGAGAAAGUGUCGCUCAGGGACGCCGCCAAGGUGUUCAAGCAUCCGGUCGCCAUAGCGUGGAUGUUUGAAGAGAUCUUCAUCGGAGUGCCGCUCAACUCCAUCAACAACUGGUUCCCGCAGAUCAUUCAGUCGCUCGGCAAGGGCGCUGUCAUGACAAACCUGUACACGGUUGCGCCUAACGUGUGGGGCGCCGUGGCUCUGAUUUUCUGGUGCUUUGCUUCGGACCUGCUGCGCGUGCGGUCCGUUUUCAUCAUCCUGGCCGUGGCCUCCACGCUGAUCGGAUUCGUCGUGUUUGGUUGCAUCGACACGCAGGCACACAUUGGCGUCGCAUACUUCUCGUGUUUCCUGAUGACUACCGGCUCGUCCGCUUCGUCGGUGCUCACUUCGACCUGGUACAACAACAAUACGCCGAACGAGAACAGAAGAGUGGUGAUCUCUGCCGUCGGCGUGCCGCUGGCAAACGCGGCGGGGCUGAUCUCGACCAACAUCUUCCGCGCAAAGGACGCGCCGAAAUAUGUGCCCGCUCUGGGUAUCACGGCCGGGUUUGGCGGUGCUGCUAUCAUCGUGGUGGCCAGUAUUUUGGUCUUCAUGGUGGUGGACAAUCGUCGCCGAAACAGGGCGCAGGGCGUCUCCUGGACGUACAGAGACGUCCCCACGUACUUGCUUGCCGAAGGCCCUUCGAACCCAAACUACAGAUGGAUGUUCUAA